AUGGCCCAUCUCCCCCGACUGCGCUCGCCUCCACCCCAGCUAAACAGACCCUCCAUCGCAUCCCGACGCGCCGAGCAGGAGACGCCCUCCGUCAUACUUCCACGAGGGCCAACCGCUACCCUUUUGCCCGCUGACCUCGCGCUCAUGUCGGAGAGCGAAACUGAGGAUAUCCAACUCCAGUCAGGCCUCAGGACUCCCGCCCACGGCUCCACUCUGGAAACAGUGCAGGAAGUAAGCCUCCCCAACUCCCCGGGCCACGUUACCGACGCCGCAAUGGAACAGGUAAAGGAAAAGCUCGCCUCCGAGCUCGCGACCCGAGACGAAGCCGGUUACGCCGUCGAUAUCAGAACACUACGAGCGAGGCCUCUUUUGUACACCACCGAGAGCGGUAGUGAGAACAGCAACGUCCAACCUGAGAGCCGAAGAACCAUCGGUGGCGUCGCCGCUCCGCCCCUCAUGUCGAGGCAGUCUAGCUCCAUGUCGACCAAGGCAGGGAAGACCAAGACUGAAGGCUCAAGCCAGAGUAUGACUGUCGAGACGGAAACCGUAGUCUCGGUCCCCGCUGUUGGUCUCGUAGUUGCCGGUCCCCAAGGUGGUAACGGUACCCUAAAAACCCGACCGAGCUCGGAGACGAUCAAGCCCAAGAAGGAAAAGAAGAAGGGCAGCAGAAAACAGGCCGCCGUGCCCACCGGUGCUGCCAAGGUCGCUAGCGCCGUUGACGAAGCCGAUGAUUCGGACUCGGAAGAAACCUUUGUCUACGACUCGAAUCCCCCAGAUGGGCCGCGCCGCUUUCAUUCACGAACGCCCAGCGCUACCUCGAUGAUGAGCCAGGCCGAACGCGCCAAUGCCAUGAGGUCUAUUCACAGUGUUAUGGAGAGCACGGGGCCUCCCAUCAGCCUGCGCAAGAACAUGAAGUUUGUUAACACGUUCAGCGGUAGUGUUGCUGGAGACAGCAUUACCCAGACCGAGGACGACAGCAAGGGCGGUGCCGGACGUAGUAGCACUGGCUCUGGAAGGGGAACUGCCCGCCACCACCACCACAUAGGCCGGUGGGGUCGCAGUGGUCACCCGUCCCUCUUCGAUAACGAGUCACCAUUCCCAGUAGCUCAGCGCGCCAAAUUUUCCGGUGCCCCUCGCGGCAGCCGUCUGUCGUAUCAUGGCACACCCUCGUACCUAAACCGCUUAGCCGCCUGUCUCGUCGUUACCAUGAUGGUUCUUCUUGUCAUCACUGGAGCUAUCAGCUUCAUGUUCGCAACCUCACAGCCCCUCACGAGUAUCGAACUGACCGGGAUCCAUAACGUCAUUGCCAGCGAGCCCGAGCUCAUGUUCGAUCUGACCGUGAAGGCCCACAACCCGAAUAUCGUAGUAGUCACGAUCGACAACGCCAACCUAGAGAUCUUUGCGAAAUCCAUCCACGCCGGCUCAGAUUCGGAGUGGUGGAAGUAUCCCAACGGCCCUCCGGACCCAGGACAUGAAGGCGGACGGGGCAAGGAUGAUCAUGGCGUCCAUAUCUCGGACGAUCCGCCCCCGACAUGCCCGACGACGAUGCCGCACCAAACAUGCGUCUCGGGCAUGUCGUCUUCCACUGGCGCAAUGAGGCUCCACCUUCCAGGGAACCAGACCGCUGGCGGAUCCGAACGAUGGAAUCGCAUCCUCCAGGAUGAGUUUGAUCUCGUCAUCAAGGGGAUUGUAAAAUACAAUCUCCCGCUAAGCCAAAAGACUAGGACCGCAUCCAUCUCGGGGCGCACAACCGUGAAACCAAAUUCGGCCAACGACCCGCACCCGAAGCCCAAUUCUACCACAAUUGCGACAUAA